AUUUGCAACUACAUCAACAACACAUCAAAAUAAUGCUAAUAAUCAAGUUUUAACCAAUAAUUUUAACAAUAAUAAUGGAACCCAACAGCAGCAAACAAUGCUUUCAAAUUCCUCGAAUAUUACCCAUUUCAAUAAUAAUUUAACCACAACAUCUUGUUCGUCCUCUAAUGCAAACAAUUUUCAGUUAAAUAUAAAACAACAACAACCACAACAACAAAUGGGAAGUCUUACACAAUUAAAUGCUAUGAGUUUAAAGGGAGUUUUAAAUAAUAAUAACAAUAAUAAUAACACCAACAACAAUAAUAAUAAUAUUAUCAAUAACAACAAUAAUUUUAUAAAAAAUCCAUCAAUAAACACACAAUAUUUAAGUACAGAACAAAUAACAAUGCCUAGCAAUGUCGGUAUUGUUCAACAGCAUCAACAACAACAACAACAACAACAACAUAGCUCACAAACAAUGACAAUAUCAACCCUGCAAAAUCAAAAUCUCCCACCGUCUCUUAUGCAACAACAAUCACAACAUCAACAACAGCAACAACAUUAUACCAUUAGUAAUAAUAAUAAUAAUAAUAAUCACAGCUUAAUAAAUGGUUCACUAAAAUGCGCCCCCAUUUUGAUCAAUAGUUUAACAACAACAACUACUGUAAUAGACACCACAACAACAUUACCAAUCACGACUUCGUCAACUCUUAACGCAGUCAAUGGGUUGAUAAAUAAUAAUACAACAUUACAAGAGGCGCCACUAUCUGCAACAUGUCUGCAGGGUGCCACCUCCGGUUAUCCUGCUGUCACAAGUGCUGCUAAUUUACUAUUUGUAAGACCUGCAAAUCCUUCGUUACAUGUUGGUAAAGUACCAUUUCUGUCACUCCAGUUUCUUUGAACAAUUUAUGCUAGAUUUUGUUUUUUGUAAACAAAACAGAAAAGCAAAACAUUAAAAUCUUCGUUUAACUUUUGAAAACUUGUAGGUAACCGAAAGGUGAAAAUCAAUAUUUCUUUUUCGCUUUUAAACAAAAAACAAAAGCCUCUUAUGGACUUACUUAGUUUCAUGAAAACUAUGUUCAAGACCAUAAGGUCUUUAAAAACGAAAUAUUAAAAAAGAAAAAAAACAACAGUAAAGGAAAUUAAAUAAAAAUGAAUGAAGAAAACUAUAUAAAAAUGAAGAAACCCAAAAGGAUUUUAUAUACACACGCCACUUACAUUAUAUACAAAAACAGGAACUCAUCCCUACACUUAACGUCAGAUUUUUCAGACGAAUUUAUUAAUUGAAAAGGACCCUUGCGCGGACACAUACACGCCCAUACAGAUAUUUAUAAAUUACAUUAUUAUUUGAAACAAAUAAAAAAUUAUUUCAUAUAUAUACUUACACACAUAUAUAUGUUUACACAAAUUAUAUAUUUAGGAGUUUAAAUGAUUACAAAAAAUGAAGAAAGCCACUCCUAGUUUAUCUAUCUUUAAGAUGAAAACAAUCUAUGACAACAAGUUAUACAUAUAUUUUAAAAAAAAUAUAUAUAUAUAUAUA